CAUUGUAAAAACAGCUGAAAAGGCCUACAGCAUAAACCAUUCAUAUACCUUUACACACAGUAACAAAUACGUCAAAUUUACAGCUAGUCAUCACCUGAACUGACUAUUUUUAUUCACAACAUGUUGCUCAUUUGAACAAAAUAGAAGCAGCAAUGUCAAUGAAUUCAAAUGAUGCUAAAUAUGCUAAAAGAAAGCUGGAUUUCCAAGACCAACCGUUUCAUUUCAAGACAUUUUACUUGGACAUCAAGGCGGAAACGGUGAAGAGGAAAGUCAUCAGAAGAAUUAGAGAACUCGGCGGAACUGUUGAAGGCUUUCUAUCAAAAGAUGUUCACUUAGUUAUCACUGACAAGAAAAAUGGAGAGUUGGAAAGAAAAUCAAAUAAAGAAGUUAAAACAAUAGAGAUCAGCAAUCUUAGUAGAGGAAGAGCUUUAUUGUUGAAAGCAAAUGCACAGAGUAAUAAGAGAAGAUCAUCAGUAGGUGGGAAUCAUAUUACCCAGAAUGCUUUAAAUCUUGGUGUACAGGUGGAGCAAGCUAAUAUUUUCCUUCGAGAUUCAAAUAAAUUUAUUGAUGCCUUGAAAAAAACAAAGAAGACAAAUGAACUUGAUGGAAUAACACCUUUAGAAUGGACAGAAAGUGAAAAAGAAAACACAUGUUGCCUCAAAAUUGAAGAUACAGAACAGUUGUAUAAACCCCUGAUAAAACAUUUUGAAACAUUUCCUACAUUAUUUUAUAAUGAAGAAGUGGCAUCACCAUUUGUUAAAGGUGUUGUACUAACAAAACAAGCAGAAAAAACAGUCAAUAGAUAUUCUACAGCAAAGAAAACUGUGACCUACAAUAAAGGUGGUUUCUGUGAGGCAUGUGAUUAUUGGUACAAAUGUUCAUUAAGGGAACAUAUCAAAAGUGCAAAACAUGAAAAGUUUGUUAAGGAUCAAACAAACUUUGAUCACUUAGAUACUGUAAUAAAUAAAUUGCCUUCUUUCUCAGAUUUCUUUGUCAAAUUGAACAAAAUAGCAGGGAAAGAAUCAGUGUGUGAUAAAACAAAAGGUCAUCAAGCCUCUCUGUUUUCUAGUUUAUUGAUAACCAAUAGUCACCAAAGUUCACUAGAAACAAAACCAUUUGAAAAGAGAGUCAAACUUAAUGAACAAGAAAUUUCGUCUCUGAAGACAGAAUGUAUAUUUGAGCGUAAUAAUGUUUCAGCUAAUGUUUUAAAACACAGCACAUCAGAUGAUACAAUAGUAAAAAAUAUGGAUACUGAAAUGCCUUCUUUAUGUAAUGAACUUUUAGAAAAUCAUAAUGAAGAAGAAAUAUCAGAUUGUGCUAUGCCAAAUUUGUCAUCAUGUAUUGUUCAAACCAUAGAUAUAUUAGACAGUGAGAUGCCAUCACUUCAUAAAGAACGUGACACUAACACACAAGACUCUGGUACUGGUCUAGAUAUACAAGACAGUGAAUUCCGUGAUAUUUCCAAGUGUGAUAUAACUGAUAAGAAUACAAUAAAAAGAACAAAUAGUGAUUCUGCUUUACCACCUGAGGAGAAUUUUCCCAUACAAAAUGUAUGUUGUACACCAUCCCUUGGCAUUGAUUAUCAUAAUGACAAUGCUGUUUUCAUGGAUGAUAUAACUCACAAAUCUACCAAUACAUUAACCUCAGUACAAAAUGUUACCUCCAAUGUACGCAAGAAAUUUUCAAAGAUUUCUUUGUUUGAAAACAAUCAAGAUAUUUCAGAAAACUGUGAUAAUUUUUCUAGUAUCAAUGACAGAUACUUCCAAGAAAAAAGCAUUGUUUCUCCACAAAAGGUUGAAAAAUCAUUUUGUUUCUCUGAAUUAUCAUCUCCCACCUCUAGAGGCACUGGUCAAAGUAAUUUUAAAGACUUGGUCACAAACUGGAUUCAUGAAAUAGAAAACUCUGCACAUAUUCCUAAAGAAGACAUGUGUGACCACAAAACAAACAAUGAUAAUGAUAUUAAUUCUGAAGCUACAGACAUGACAGAAGAAUAUAAUCCUGAGGACUACCAUAAUAUGUUGUUAAUGAACAGAAUGGAGAAAAAACAUGACAAAAGUCAAGUGACAAAAGAAGUUUUUAAUGGUUACAGUAAUAUAAAUAAUGAAAACAGUUGUUCAAGAGAUAGUGUUUCACUGAUAUCUAUGCCUGAAACCCCUGAAACAAGGAAAACAACUUUUUCUGGGUGUAAAUUUGGAAUCAUGGAUGAUUCUAACUCAACACAAGAUAUUACUCUAUGUGCAAGUGAUUCAAACACAAGUGUUUACAGUCUGAUUUCUGAAUGCACCCCAUUAAAUCAAAAGAAAACUCUUUAUAGUGGACAAGAAAGUUGUAAAGGUACACAAGUUACUCCUCAUUCUCAUGAAAAUUUAGAUUGUGAAAAUAUUGGUUUAAGUUCAAAACUUGAACCCAUAAAAAUCAAACUAAAUUUAAGUGAAAUCAAGAAAAGUGAAAAGAAAGCUAAAAGAAAAGUCAAAGUUAGAAGAAGAAUAUUUCCUGACAAUCAAAAAGAAAAUUAUGAAUCUUUUUAUCAAAUGCAUCAGCAGGGUGAAAUGAAGAUCAAGUUGUGCAAAGUGGCAAAAACGCCAGUGCAAAAGAAUGGUGACUUAAUGUCAUAUUGGAAAGUUAGAAAAAGUGGAGGAUGCCGGCUUGUGUUUAGCUCUGAAAAAAGAAAAGAAAAUGAAACUGGAAGUAAAACUGGAGACAUCUGCAGAAAGAGAGCAGUUUCUAUUUCUGACUCUGACUCUGAGAAAAGAAAAGCAUGUCACCUGGAAAACGACCACUCAGAAAAGUUAAGGAAAAGAAGAAAAUGCAUCUAUUUACAGUUUUUCUGAUUUGAUUUAAAAUUUUUUUUAAGAUAAGUGGUAUAAUGAAUAUGUUUUAUCUUGGAGUAAAAAUGAUUGAAUGUUUUGCAUAGAAUUGUGUCAAUUUUGCUAUUGAGAUUUUUUAUAGGAUUUACAUUUUUAGAGCAUUUGUGAUUUUACAUGCAAUCAAAUGUAUCCAUACAGUAGUUCUUGAUUAGGAGCUGGCAGGUGGUAUUCUUCUCGCUUUUGAUACUGUUCAAUGAAAAAUAAUACUGACUCUUUACUAAUCAUAGACAUUAAUUUCAGUCAAUGAGUUGUAUGGACUUCAUGGUCCAAUAUUUACAUCUUCUUUUCUCAGUAUUUAUUCUUAAAUCUGUAAAAAAAAACAACUUCACAAACUUAUUUUAAACAUAAAAUCAUGGCCAUGAAAGUUGUACAAUUUAUUUUUAAAUACACAAAUCUUUUGUAAUUAAUGGUUCAGCAAUGCAUCAUAUACAUGUUACCUGUGAGUUGCAUUCCAAAUAACCUACUUUUGACAUAAUUAUGGUACAUUUUUCUAACUUGAAUAGUAAAUUUCAUGAAAAAUGUGAGUUUGUGUCUGUGUAAUCAGCUGUCCUUUCAAAUUUAGAGCUGAUAAUUGUAUGAUGACUCAUGAGUACCAGUAGCUAGAGAUCUUCUUUAUAAAGAAUAGUUUUGCUUUACAUACAUUUUUUUGUACAUGUAUCUUUCACCUAAUAAUUCAUAUAUGACUAUACAUGAAUUAAUUUGACCUGUGUAUGUCUGUUUCAAAAAAGAAAAUGAUAUGAAAAUAAAAAAACUUUUUGCCCCAACUUUUUUCUAUCAAAUUUGGACUUUUGACAGCUUAAGUGAUGGUAAGCUCAUAAGUUUUAAGAAGUGAAAGCUUUUCAAUUUUUUGAAAUUUUGGGAAAAAAUAUGAAGAUCCAAUUACAUGUACACAUGUCUCUUGGACUUUUUUGGCCUUUUUGGCCUUCCUUACAGAUAUAUAGGCUGGAACUUACUUUUUAGCACAUCUUACCCAAAGGGUCAAGUGCUCUAUUCUCAUCACUUGGAGGCCAUCAGAGUCUGUUAACUUUUACAAAAAUCUUCUCCUCUGAAACUACUGGGCCAAUUGGAACCAUCUCGGCCACAAUUAUUAUUGGGAUAUCUAGUUUAAAAUAUGUGUCUGCUGAUCCUGCUUGCCAACCAAAUUUGCCCAUAAGGCUAAACAUAGAACAUAGGAGUGAGAAUGCAAGCCCUUAUAGAUCAGAGAAAAUCUGACAGGGGCAAACAUGUUCAGAAUGUUGAGAUAGUCAGUUAUCUCCUUAUGCACCAAAAACUAUCUGAUGACUCCUUAUAGGAGCCAUUGCCCUUUAAGGUUUAUUUCUCCAUUUUUUCUUUCAUUAUCUUGAAAAUUAUAGUAGAUAGACAAAAUUUUCAAAUAGCAAAAAUGAUCAGCAAGACAGGAUCUACAAACUUGUAAACACGUCUGGAACUGUCAGUUGACUCCUUAUAGAAGUUAUUGACGCUAAAUGAAGGUUACCAAUUUAUGGCAUUUCUGCUUAAUUUGAAACUAUAAUAGAAAAAGAGAAGCUUUAAAGAGUAAAAACGAUCAUCAGGACAAGAUUGACAUAUUUGUCAGCAAAAUUGUAGGUGGACUCUUAGUUGUAGUUAUUUACCCUAAAUGAUGAUUUUUUUUUGGUAAUUUUUGGCCAAUUGAUUAAUGAUAAUGCAGACAAGAUCUACAAAAAGGCAAAAAUUGUGGGAAGAUUGUCAGUUGACUUCUAUAGGAUUUAUUGCUCUUAAAUGACUCUUUUUACCAUUUUUUCAUGUGUUGGGCAAAAACUAUAGAAGAUGAAGAGACAAUGUAAACAGUGAAUAUGAUCACGAAGAAGAGAUCUUCAAAUAGAUCAACCAAGCCUAAAUUGUAAGUCAACUCCCUAAAGAAGUUAUUGCACUUGAUUGACAUUUUUGUCCAAUUUGUAUAUUGGUCAAAUACUAUUAUAGAUAUACUGUAAGCAAUACAAGAUCAUCAAAAAUAGAUCUUAGUCAUGAAUUAUAUUUUAGUCUUCAAUGUUGAAAAUGCACAUAGAUCCAAGUGAGUGACACAGGCUGAUUAGAGCCUCUAGCUAUAAAUAAUUGCCAAUUUGUGUAGUAGCCAUUGGUAGUUACACAUCUUGGAUAAGAUAUAGUAUGGUUGACAUGACUGAUAUGAUUGAUGUCUAAUCACAGAAUCCUGGUUCAAAUUUCGUCAGAUUUCAGUUCCAAAAGUGGUUUCAUAUUAGAGGCUGAGAUGGUUGCAAACUACAUAUAACAUAAGUGAUUAAGUUCAGUGUUGUAUGCUAAUAUUGUAGCUGAUUGAUUUAAUCAUGUACAUUUUGAAGUAUUUGAAAGUAUGCUAAAAGUGUUUUUUUGUUGCCAUUUGAAAUUCCUAAUAUAAAUAGAUGUGCCACAAAAAAUUUGGGAUAUCUGUGCUUGUUAUUUAUGUGUCAUUUAGUUCACUUUUUUUAAGGAUGAUAUAAAAUAUAACUUCUGAUAAAUGUUUUAAAUAGCAUUUAAACAUUCUCUCUGUAUACAUGGUAUAUGUGUCCUACAGUUUUAUGAAAAUAACCAGAUAUAUUUUAAUCAAACUUAUGUAUCAUAACCAUGUUUAUAACUUCCUUACCAUGCUUUCAGAAAGUAUGCAUCCUUCACUUGUCCUUUUUCUUGUGUCUCAUUUGUAAUCAUACCACAUCUAGUUUUUUUUUUCAGAAAUUGUCAAAAUAUUUUGGGGUGUGGAUGUUUAUUUUUCAAAAGUGAUCCCAAUAUUGUGUAUUAGUUGUAAAAUGAGCAAACUUACUCAUUGUAAAAAGUUCUGAUGUCAUACAAUGUAAUGGGAGAUUUAAAAGAAAAAUUGAUUACAAUAAUUUUGGAAAGAACAUUUUGAUAUCCUGUUGUUGAUUACUGACCUUGAGGAACAGUUUUAUGUGUAGUAUAGGGAAUCCCUCCCAACAAAGUUUGAAUGGGAUCCAUAAAUGCAUUUUGGGGGCUUGAGUGAUUGCAAAUAUUGUUAGUUUAAAACAUUGAAUAUAAUCUAGUUCCAUGAUUGAAAAAAUGAUGAGCAUAAAUGUCAAAGUGGGCUUUGUCUUGAACCUGUUUAUUGAUGAUAUGCCUUUAAAAGUUCCUAGAUCUAAAAUUAGGCCUUUGAUAGAACUACUUUUAACUUAAUAGCAUUGUGUUGGUUGUGUUUGUAAUUCAUGUAGUUGUUGUGGUA